AGGCUGUCAGGCUGUCUGGUCACAGAGGAAGGCUGUGCUUCUCUGGCCUCAGCUCUGAGGUCCAACCCCUUCCACCUGAGGGAACUGGACCUGAGCUACAAUCAUCCAGGAGAAAAAGGAUUGAAGCUGCUCUCUGCUGGACUGGAGGAUCCACACUGCAGACUGGAGAAACUCAAUGUGGAUCAUGGUGGAGAGUGCUGGAUCAAACCUGGCCUUAGGAAAUAUGCCUGUGAGCUCACACUGAACCCAAACACAGCAUGCAGAUACCUCUCUCUGUCUGAGGAGAACAGAAAGGUGACAUGUAGUAGAGAGAAGCAGCCGUAUCCUGAUCAUCCAGAGAGAUUUGAGAACUGGCCACAGGUGCUGUGUAGAGAGGGUCUGUCUGGGCGCUGUUACUGGGAGGCAGAGUGGAGUGGAGGAGGGGUUUCUAUUGCAGUGACAUAUAAAGGAAUCAUCAGGAGAGGAAGGGGUGAUGCCUGUGUGCUUGGAUACAAUAACAAGUCCUGGAGUCUGUACUGUGUUGAUUACAGUUACUCUGCCAGGCACAAUAAGAAGAGCACUGCCAUACCUGACCCCCCCUCCAGCUCGCACAGAGUAGGAGUGUAUCUGGACUGGCCGGCCGGCACUCUGUCCUUCUACACAGUCUCCUCUGACACGCUGACCCACCUGCACACAUUCCACAGCACAUUCACUGAGCCCCUCUAUCCUGGGUUCUGGGUUUGUUCUGACUCCUCAGUGUCCCUGUGUCAGAUAGAAUAGCCCACACACACUCUCACACACUGUGCUCACAUAGAUGCCAUUGAAGAUUGAACUGUACAGUUGGAAUUGUAUAUCCCAGAGUGUUUGUAAAUAUUGGUGUGUGUAGAAUGUUUGUUCUGUUUUAAUUGUUGACAAACAACAAUCCUGUCUUUGAUCUCAGUCCCACUGAAUGUGAUGAACUAAAUUGUGUCUUAUUGACUAAAUAAGGAGAAAUAAAGAUGUUUUAUACAGGAUGAUAGAAGACAUGCUGUGUGUUUGUUGGUGACCCAGUGGCCCUAGACACACACACACACACACAUGCAUACACUGUAAACAUUUAGGACCAGUAAUAUGACAGUAU